AUGGCCCCGCCCACAUCCGCCCCAUCCUCGCGCCUCGGCGCACCCCAACACGCCUGGAUCGCCCCCGCAUCCCUCUACUCGUCGACGACAUCGUCGCGCCACGCCGCCUCGCCAUACCACCCGUCGCUUGCUUCCCUCACCCCGCUGCGUCUCUUUGGCACCACCGCACGCCGAUUCGACCACACCCCGGUAUCCACCCUACCUCCCACCUCAUCCGUCAAGGGCGCGACGGCAGCAGCAGCAGCACGAGGGGCCUCGGCAGCAGCGACGACGACGACGGCAAACCUGCGCGGCUGGUCGGCCGUAAAGGCGCGCCCCCUCGUCCACGCGUCCACCUUCCUCGCCCUGCACGUCACCGUCGCCUGGGCCCUCGUCCCGCCCAUCUACGCCUUUUUCCGCUCCACAAACACCGCAAACGCCCUCCUCGCCGGUCCCUCGGUAUCCUACAUCCUCGCAAAGCCCAUCCCCACCUGGCUGCCCGCAUCCCUGCGCGGACAGUCGCCGUCCUCUUCCUCCUCCUCGGCCAGCGACGCGCCGGAUCCGACGAACAACCAGGUCCAGACGGUCGAGGACCUCCUCGAGCUCCAGGUGCGCCAGUUUGUCAAGCUGCUCUGGAAGGGCGGCGUCGGCGUCUACUCCACCGUCAACCGCUUCAAGGCAAAGGACCAGCACGAGGGUGGCGAAGGCGACGUGACAAAGGGACUCGCCAGGUCCGCCAUCGCCUUUCUCCGCGGCAAGGCCAAGGGUACCGACAGCGACGCGGACACGACGCUGCAGCAGUACGACGAGCAGCACGAGCAGAGCCGCAGACCGGGCUGGGCAAAGGGCUACUUUGGCGAACAGGCCAGGAAAAACGCCGGAGACAUCAAGCUCGGCCAGAUCCGCGACGCCGUCGCCGCCUACGUUGUCGUUAAGACGCUUCUCCCGCUCCGCGUGCCCCUCUCGCUCUUCCUCACGCCAAAAGUGGUGCGCCUCUUCGGACGCGCCUUCCGUCGCGCCUAA